UCGAGAUCUCCGCAACACAAUUGCCUAUGGUCUACUUUGGAAGGGAGAUUUGCUACUGGCCCUUUAAGUAAAAAUGGAACAUUUAAACAAACGAUAUACAUAGAAAAUAAUUUUCAUUUACAUUUUUCAGCAACAUUUACCGUGAAUGUGAAGGUACAUGCCGCUUUAUGAAAUCUACAGUUUAAUAGCGCACGAGAGGAUUUGCUAGCUGACUAGGUAGCAUCAUUCACGCUAGCUAAACAUGGUGGCCCGUGAGAGGAAAGGGGUUUAAAAUGUUUUAAGAAAAGCUGGAUGGUGUUGCGUUUUUGCAGCUUUUCUACAUGUGCAAUGCUGAAAACCUUGCCCGGAUUUGCAGUCUUCAAAUGCACUUUUUGGUUGAUCUGAGUUUCCAGAAAGGAGUCAAGCUGUCCCGACACAUUGCAUGCCAUGGACCAUGGACCACCCGCUUGAAAAGUUAUAAAAUUAGAGGACUUGCAGAGAAUAUUACAUGGAGACUCGUCUGACAUGCCAAGGAAGGAGUUACCACUACCAGAGGGUUGGGAAGAAGCCCGGGAUUUUGAUGGGAAAGUCUACUACAUCGACCACAUCAAUCACGCCACUAGUUGGAUUGAUCCAAGGGACAGACACACUAAACCUCUGACGUUUGCUGACUGCAUUGGAGAUGAACUGCCUGUGGGUUGGGAGGAGGUGUACGACCCCAGUGUCGGGGCCUACUACGUGGACCAUAACACAAAGAGCACUCAGCUUGAGGACCCACGAGCCCAGUGGCAGCGGGAGCAGGAGAUCAUGCUGCGGGAGUACCUGGAUGUGGCCAAGGACGCGUUGAGCGCCCAGAAGGAACUCUACCAGGUGAAGGAGCAGCGUCUGUGCCUGGCCCAGCAAGAGUACCGUCAGCUCAACGAUGCCUGGAGGGACAAGUCCACCUCCCAGACCAGCUUGAAUUCUAGAUCAUCCUCCAGCAGUAAAUACGACCCAGAAAUCCUCAAAGCCGAGAUUGUCACUUCCAAAAGUAGGGUGAAUAAGCUGAAGAGGGACCUAGCCUGCAUGAAACAAGAGUUGGAGUUCAAAGAGCAGGGCUUUGAAACAUUGAAAGAGAUCAACCUCAAGGUUUCCAUUGCGCCAUAUGGCUUCAAGCUCCAUGAGGCACAGGCCAUCCUGAACGAGGUCAAGUCCAUUCGGGAUGCCAUCAGCUCUGGGGAGAAGGAGAAGCAGGAGCUCAUGCAGAAACUAGCAGUGCUUAAAGAUGGCUUCCAGUUGGACUCUGUGGGUUCUCAAUCUGACCUGUGGGGCAGCAGCCCCUCCUUGGCCAACUCUGAGCUGUCCAUACCUUGCCUGUACUCUGAUACUGGAUCCCAGACUGACAUACCGGCUGAUUUUGUGACCAACAACAACAAGUUGGCAGAGAAGGUGCGACUCAGUCUUAAAUACGAAGAAGCAAAAAGAAGGAUUGCCUCCAUCGAGGUGCAGAUAGCCAAGUUGGACAGCGAGGCGUGGCCGGGGCUCCUCGACCCGGAGAGGGACCGUCUCAUCCUCAUCAACGAGAAGGAGGAGCUCCUGAAGGAGCUGCAGUAUGUCAAGCCCUUUGAGAGAGCCCCCAACGACCAGGAGAAAAUUGAGACGGAGAAGAAGAGGCUUCAGAGGGACCUGCAGGCUGCCAGGGACAACCAGAGCAAGGCCCUGACCGAGAGGUUGAGGCUGCACUGUAAGAGGAACAAGCUUGUAAGAGAGCUGGAGGAGACGGUUCGGGUGGCCUCAACACUACACACUCAGCUGAAGAGUCUGUCGGCCAGCACGCUGUCAUGUUCUUCGGGCAGCAGCCGGGGCUCUCUGGCCUCCAGCCGGGGCUCUCUGGUCACCACGUCCUCCCUGGGCUCCAGUUCCUCCCUGAGCUUCACAGAUCUCUACCUUGAGCAGCCCGAGUUGGUAGACCCAGAUUUCCAGAACAAAUUGGAUUCCCUUCUUCAGGAAGGUGGCCCAGGGGUCAGUUACCGCCCAUCAAGCUCCAUCACCACCAUCCAUGAACAUGAGGUGGUCCCUGGAGUCGCGUCCGGGGCAGAGAGAGCGAGGGAUAAGGACAGUGUUGUGAUUGGGGGCGCAGAACCUGGGACAAGGCUACAGACGCUGAGACUAUCAGAGACGCCGAGGUCCAUGAGUUCUCUGUCUCCAAGGUCUUCACUGUCAUCACUCUCACCGCCCUGCUCACCACUGGUGUUGGACUCCACAUUCCUCCCUGGGGGGGGGUUUGUGGGGCCGGGGGGCCCCGUUGGGAGUCUGGACAUGGAGCUUCACAGCAGGCUGACAGCGCUUGGGCUGGAUAGGGAAGAGCAGCAGCACUAUGGAUGUGGAGGGGUGCAGAUGGACGCCAAGCAUGACAUCUCUACCAGGGCUGGAGAGGUGCUCAAAGAUGCCGUCGUUCCUGGCCGAGGGACUGCGGGGGAUGGCUCUAAGAAGAUGGGCGUGACGUCAGCCGUUUCUGAUGAGUCGGUGGCUGGUGACAGCGGAGUGUAUGAGCCCUCAGAGAGGAGGCCUGUCCCCCCAGCAGAGCUGAUCCUGGGGUAUGAGGAGAGGGAGAGGGGAGAAACACCAAGCUGCGCCCAGGUGAGAGUGGGCCUGAAGUACGAGAUGAAAGAGAAACGUUUCACCGUGUUUGUCAUGCAGCUCUCCAACUGCGGCGCCCUCGGUCUGCCACCAGACCAUACCAUGUACAUCCGCGUGGUGGUGCUCCCCUGCUCCGAGCCCACCCGCUGCUUGUUCCGGACCCAUGGCUCUCUUCCCCAGGACACCGUGGAAGUCAAUGAAGUCUUUGGCAUCCAGUUGGCCCACAAUGCACUGCGGCAGAAGACAUUAAGGGUGGAUGUCUGUCGUACCAGCCCAUCUGGGCGUGAGGAGUGUUUGGCUGGUGCUCAGAUAAGCCUGGCUGAUAUGGACACCUCUGGGGAGAGAUGCGUCAAGUGUUACAACCUUCUCAGCUACUCCUUCCUGUCAGUGAUCCAAAGCAAGGAUAUAGAAAGUGGAACGGCCUCACAACUCCAAAGGACCUCUGCCUCCAGCCCAGAGAGAGUAUCCGGCAGUCAGGAGUGUGCACCCGAGGUGGACGUCUGGCACAAUGAAACACUGGAAGGAAAUGUGUUUGAGGAUGAGGAAGAUAAUCACGUAGAGGGGCAGGUGCCUGUAGAGGAAGAGGAGGAGUUCUAUCGUGACAGCAGCCAUUGCAAGGGAGUGGAGGUGGUGGUCAAGGGUGAGGAGGUGGUGGUCAGGCCAACUCAAUCAGGAACCACGGUGGAAAGGGUGAACAAGGAGACCAGUACUGGCCUUCACCACCAUCAUGCCUCCUCUUCGGUUGUUCGGCCCAAGGAACAUCGGCCCCGUGAUGUGCCCCAGCAGAACCCCUUCAUUCGGGGCAACACCAUUAUCCGCUCCAAGACCUUCUCCCCUGGGCCUCAGAGCCAGUACAUCUGCAGGAUAAACCGCAGUGACAGCGACAGCUCCACUCUGUCUAAGAAGUCUCCGUUUGUCAGGAAUGCAUCAGAGAGACGCAGCAUGCGCAUGAAGAAGCCCCCAGGGCCGGUGCGAGGUCUGGAUGGGCUGCUUCGGACCAGUCUGGAUCUGGAGCUGGACCUGCAGGUGUCCAAGACGCGCCAUACCAGGCUGGCCCAGGAGCUGCGAGUGCUCAGGGAGCUGAAAGAGCAGCUGGAGAGGGCCCGGCAGCAAGGCACCAGAGACCUUCCAUCCUGGGUGCAGGAGGAUGAACGCUUCCGUCUGCUUCUCAAACAGGCAGAGAAACAGACCCGUGAGGAGCAGUUACAGGAGCAAAGAGUGGAGAAAAUGAUGCGUGCUGCGGCCAAGGACGUCCACAAGAUCCGAGGCCAGAGCAGGAAAGAGGUUCCCGAAGUUCAGUCCUUCAGAGAGAAGAUGGCCUUCUUCACUCGAGCGAAGACCAACAUUCCUGAUCUGCCUGCUGACGAUGUGUAGAGCAUUUAAUGUAUUCCACAGUCUCCAAGGAGAUGACGGACGCAGACUUCUUAUGAUGACUGACUGCGGUGGUAUAAUGAAGAAUGGAAAAUAAUAAUGUAUUGGGAAGAAAAACAUCAUUUUUACACCCUUUUGUAUAUAUCUCAGCAUUGCUAAUCUGUUUAGCAACUAAAGCGUUGUUUUAUUUUCUUCCCGUUUUCUCUGUAGCAUUAUUUUACAUUUACAAUUUGCAACUGAGUGGAUGUUGGAAGCUACCUUUAGAUUUCAUUCCAAUACACACCAGUGUGUUCUGUGUGAGAUUUUAGAGAGGCAAUGUUGUGUUCAUUUUCCAGGACCACUCACUUCCUGUAAUCUAAGGUGUGAAUAUAGACCCUCAGAGGUACAGUACUUUACUGCAACAUUAUUUACAGCACAAGAUUUUUAUUUUUUACAACAUCGAUAUUCUGAUUGAUCUGAUGGUGUACUAUGACUGGGUUUGUGAUUGGUUGUACUGUGAGUAUACUGUAACUGGCUGUCCGUCCCUAGUGGCAGUAUCUUGUCCUGUUACUGCCCAUACUGUACUGUACACUCUUAGGAACAAAAUGGUUCCAAAAGGGCCUUUGGCUGUGAAAAAACAUUUUUGUUAAUGUAAACCCUUGUUAGUUCCAGAAAGAACCAUUUUUGUGGAGCCCUUCUACAUGUAAUCCUAAAGAGUUCUACCUGGAACCAAAGGUGUUCUACCUAGAACUAAAAGGGUUGAACUUGGAACCCUAAAAGGAUUUUCAAAGGGUUUCCCGAACAGGCACAUCAAUAUAAUACAACUGGAACCUUUUUUCUUUAGUGUUUAUGGCAUCUGUGUAUGUUCCGUUCAUUGCUUUUGUAGUGAUUCACUGGUGCACGCACUGUUUCUCAGCUUUGUGUAGGAUCUGCACUUACUCUCACUAAUACUCAGGUAGUGCACUUUAAUGUAGGAAUCUGAAAUCAUUUGGAUGGAUUGAAGAAGUGGUUGAGGUGCUCAGCUACAGAAUGGAAUUAUUGUUUAAUCAGGGCUUAAUGAAGCACAUUAUGAUUGUGAAAUACAGAUGUGGAGAAAAUAACUAAUAUACUUUAUUGGAUGAUGAAGAUCAUAGCUGAUGAUAAAAUCCCCACUGAUCGCAGAAUUUAAUAAAAGCCAAGUGAUCCAAGAAACAUAAUACAACUAAGAACUCCCAAGUAUAACUUGUUUCUUGCCCACAUUCCGUAAAUUCCCUUUAAUUGAACAUUUUGAAGGACCGUACCAGCCGUAACCCUCUUCUGUUCAUCUCUGAACUGGACGUUCUAUGGAAACAUUUCUGUAUCACUAACUGAAUCCCCCUACCUUUCUGUAAGGAGACACAACAAAUUCCUGCUGAUGAUAUUUCAUCUCGGCAUGGUGCCUUGGAACGCUGGGUUGGAAUGCAGCACUAUGUGAGAAGUGGAUUUGUGCAGGCUCACUGUUUUGAGCACACACUGUCCCAUGCUCCGGGUAUCAAUUGAGCGGGACACUCAUAGUGCCUUUGCCUGUGUUAAUGUAAUGUGGGGAGGCAGGGAAAUGUGUAAGGGGGUGAAAAAGUAGUACAAUCAACAAGCAAUACAGGGAGAAAUAAGUAGUUUAUAACUAGGCCACUGGAAACUGUACAGGGAGGGAGGCGAGACUAGAUCCGAAUUCAGCUUGCUCACGCUCCGUGGAAACACUUAAUGAUGGAUAACAUUUUAGACUAAAGAGUUGUUGGUAAUAGGGAUCAUAAGGGGAUAUGUGCUUUGUCAAGGGCCCCUGUGUGCAGAUACAGAUGUCUGUGGAGUGUUUUUAAAAAAGAAAUGAAAUUAGAUUUGCUUUUCAACAAAUCCUACUUAGACUUUUUUUUUGUGUUGACCAAGCAUGACUGUGAUGAUUAUGUAUAUUUGGCCUGAAUUACAAACUACUGAUAUUGGAGUAGCUAGCUUCAUCUAUUUAGCACUUUUUAGCACCAUACAUAGAUAGCCCCUAAUACUAAUGUACAGUAAUUUUGCUAUAUUUAACACUAGGCUAGUUUUACCUAUGUGGUUUGGUAGCGAAUUACCCAAUCCACAACUGUGUCUGUAUGACAUUGGCACAGGUUAAUGCUUCUUGAAUGUUGUCAUAAUGUUGAGCACAAUGACCCGAGCACAAUGGCUGAAUGUGAAAAGGAGUCACAGAGUGGAAGGAGUGACAUUCCUUUAAUCAGUUAAUCAGUAUGGUCCUCCAAACAAGUCAUCUUCAGUGUUGAUUGCACCUAAGUUGCUCCGUAACGAAAUAUGUAAAAGCACAUAAUUUGAUUGGAUUUGAUGUCUGUUAAUGGGCAUGCAUUAGCUCUAAAAUUCCUGCAGUUGAUGAGCAGAACUCACUGAUGUCCUAAUAUACAUUGCUCUGUAGUUUAAUACAUUCCAUGUUUCAUACUCUGCAGAUUAAAUUAUAUCGUCAUUUACAUUUUAUGUAACUUCAGAAAUUAUUUUCUACUCCCGCAGGCUACUAACAUUGUCUGAUCAGACAUUGAGUUUUGUUUCUUCUCUUUUUCCCUACUAAUUGUCUGUUAAGUUCACAUGCCAUUCCACGAUGAAUUACACUAUAUACAAAGAGUGUUUGUUAGGGUAUUGUGAUGCUCUCCUGUAUUUAUCACUGUGUAAGUUAAUGGUUCAGGAAAUCACACAAGCAUCUAUAGGCCCACUCACCUGGAUAUAGCAUAUACCAUAGGGCAAUUGUAUUCAAAUCACCCUCUUCAAGACCAGUUGAAUACCACUGCCAGAUGGGUUGCAGUCUUGCACCAUUCUGAUCCUUAUAUCGGCAUGCAUCAUUAUCUCGACACACAAUUUAAUUAGGUAACAAAUAUUGUUAAUUUUUUUUUCUCUUUGGAUCAUUUUAAUCCUUUUCGAUUUUAGUGUUGCACUUCAUUGUCAUUUUUUUCCUCUUAUUUGGAUCAUUAAUAUUCUUUACAAUUGUACACAUUUUACAAUGCUUUGCAGAUUGUGAAGACAAAGUGACUCUUCAUGACACAUCUAUAUAUCGUACUGGAAUUAAACAUCAACUGUAUACUGUGAAUAGAUCCUUUGGGGAGUGUGCCUUAACCUUAGGCGAAAAUGGGGUCACCAUCCAAAAACGAGAGAACACUACUUAUUGUUGCCUCAAAUAAUGCGUACUGUUUUAAUUUGAUUGUGAUUUGUUCACUUAAAAAAUAAACCACAAAUGACUUCAAUGUAGAUGGAGUAAACCCAUCCAGGAAGGUCUUACAUUAGGACUUCUUAUUGGAUUUCAGUGUCUGGAUGGAACUUUUUGAUUAACUGAAGCUAGUCACGAUUGACUAGAUAUUUUAUAACUAUUUAAAGACUCAGAAGAACUUCUAUAGAAUCAACCAGCAUGUAUGUUGUUGUCAGAGGUUUUCAAUAUACAUUAAUCAGAAACAAAUGAUGUAGAAAGUCCUGCUUCAAAUAAUCAAAAAAAGAAUUAAUGGAUGCUGAUAGUCAUGACUGAUUUUUUUUUUUUUUGUCAUGUAGAAUGUGAUGUAAUUUUUGUUUGUUUUAAAGUUCAAGUGCAUUUUUGUUUGGUUCUGAUUUUUUUAAUCUGUUGAAUUAAGGACGGCAAUGAUCCUGGUAUGUGUAUGGAGGAGGUUUGAGAAAUACAGCAUGUAUUUAUUGCACUUUGUGAUUUGGGUGUGCUGUUUCCUGUCUCGUGAGUCUCCUGAAAGCUGUGAAUUUUAUCAUGGACACUGUAUUGUCAAGCAGAAUUGUAAAUAUUUCACCAGCACAAAAAAUGUUUUGUAGUUUCACAACAAAUAAAAGUUCUUUUGUUUUAA